GCGGUGCCUGCUGGUAGCGGGAACGGCAACGAGAUCCGUGCGGCCGGGCUCCGGAGGCCCAGCCUUAACCACCCCUCGGCGCAUCGAACGCAAAGCCCAACAAGAAAGGGACGGAAAAGAAAAGGAACGCAAAGCCCAAUCCAAGCCAAAGACGGUCGUCUCCGGCGUCGGCGGCGGCCCGGGAGCAGCUUCCUUCCUCCGGCUGUCCGGCAAGGGGCGCACAGAGGCGUCCCACGAGCCGGAGAAGCCACGCACACCGCUUGUCUGCAGGCACGAGUUGGAGCCCGGCAGGUGCCUCUCGCGCUCCACCGGAUUCUCCUUUGCCAAAUCGUCUAUGGCGGCGGCGGCGGGCGCUGUGAUCCGGCGGUUUCACGCGGCGGCGGCGCAGCCCCCGCGCCUGACGAAGCUCGCGCUGCGCCCGCCCAAAUGCGUUGAGGUUGAAUUUGCGGAUGGUAGCUCAUUUCAUCUGUCAGCAGAGUUUCUCAGGGUAUACAGCCCAGCAGCUGAUAGCAAAAUCAGAUCAGUGGGCGGUGAAAAGGUAAUAUUUGGGCGCCGUCAUGUUGGAAUAAUGUCAGCUGAAUCAGUAGGAAACUACGGAGUCAGGAUAUUAUUUGAUGAUUUGCACAAGACAGGGAUUUUUACCUGGGAUUACUUGCACCAUCUGGGUUCGAACAAGUUCAGUCUGAUGCGAAAUUACAUCAGAACUUUGAGAAAGCACGACCUUAGUCGGGAUCCCCAAAGAAGGAAAUGAUGGAGCAAUAGUCUCCAGACAAGUUCACAUUGUGAUUACUGAAUCAAGCAUGCCUACCAUGUAUCAAAAACUGCUCCCAGGAUUGAGCGUUUAGAUUUGAACACACAGCACAAGAAGAUGAUCAACUACUGCACAACAGUAACUGUGUUGACGAUAGAAAGGGGUGAUGAAAGUUUGUAGAAAUUAUAUAGUUGGAGAUGAUUGACUUGUUGGAAUUAGACACCUUUAGUUCUCACCAUAUGUUCUGCCAGAUCUCUUCUAUCAGAUCUCAUCAUAUGUUGACUGUUUACUCUAUCAGAUCUCUAUUCUGCCAGAUCUCUUCGGCUGAGUGGCCGCUAUGAA